GUUGAAUGAAUCUUUUUAGAUGGUUAAAAUACCUGUAGUUAACUUUUCAAUUUUGAAAUUAGACUAAAUUGAUUUCAUUUGUUAAAACCCUUUUUAACCUUAGCCCUUUAAAUACAGACUUUAGUAAACAAUGCACAUUGAUAGAAAAGCACAUCCUCUGACUUCCUCAUGAAUGGCUCUUGUUACUAGUCUCUGAGCAUCUCUGAUGGCUGCUGGGAGGAGGGGGGGGGGGGCUGAAGCCGUCCCCGCAUCAAUGAGCCUGUUGAUCAAAAACGACGGCUGCACUGGUAAUGACACAGUUCACUGAUCCGUCCAAGAGAAAAUAAAACUCAGCUUUCACCUCCUGCCAUACUUAAGCUGGACCUUCCUGCUGACUCGUCUCCAUUCUACCUCAAGAUACUGAAGCACCUGUCUGAAGCCAUGAUGGUUCGGAGCGCAGCUCUUCUGGUGGUUCUUGUUCUGUGCGCUGAUUCGCAGGAUUACUGUUACCAUGAGCCAGAUUGUGAUCCUUACGCCUGGGGAGACUUCUUCCCCUCAUGCCACCCUCUCCUAGGGGGCCACCACUCCCCCAUCAACUUGGACCAUCACAUGGUCCGGAACCUCUCCUUGGGGCCUUUACAUCUGGAGGGUUUCGAUGAGACCCAAACAGGCCAGUGGACGCUGGAGAACGACGGACACUCUGUUUUGUUACAGGUUGGAAGUGGGAUGUCUGUAAGUGGCGGAGGUCUUCCAGGUGUUUACCACACUGUCCAGGUUCACUUCCACUGGGGAGACCCUUCGACGAAUGGCUCUGAGCACACGGUGGACGGACGCAGAUACCCGAUGGAGAUGCACAUAGUCAAUAUGAAGUCCAUCCAUCCUAAUGUAUCUGCAGCUGAGGAGGAUCCAACCGGGUUUGCUGUUCUUGGCUUCUUCAUCGAUGUUGUUUAUGCAGACAAUGUUCAUUUUAGCCACAUUUCCCAAAAGCUAUCUUCAGUAGCUUACAGAGGCCAAAUGACUGGAAUAAAGCCGUUCCCACUGCUCAGCCUCCUGCCCAAGCUCAACAUGAGCCAGUAUUACCGUUACUCUGGCAGCCUCACCACCCCACCCUGUUCCCAAGCAGUAGUUUGGACUCUCUAUGAGGUCCCCAUCUACAUCUCCUGGUCUCAGCUGGCUCAGUUUACCUCACAGAUCUUCUCUACUGAGGAAGACGCGGCGCAGGUGACGCCUCUGCAGAACAACUUCAGACACCUCCAUACCAGAUUCAGCCGUACCGUGUCGGCCUCUAGAGACGCCAGGCUCCUCAGGGGGACGGCAGAUCCUCUGACGCUGCUGUCGAUGCGUCUCCUGCACAUCGUUGUGCUGGGGCAGUUUUAUCUUUAAACCUGUUAUCCCAGAAUGACAUGUUCCUUGAAUUUAUUAUUAAACCCCACUGAGUGUGUUCGAUCUCUCA